AUGGCCGAUUUCAGGCCGCCACUCCUGUGUCUCCCCCAGGACAGCGGAGCUGGUCGCCUCUCAUUCUGUACGAAGGUGUGCUACGGCAUUGGAGGGGUCCCCAACCAGGUGGCCUCCAGCGCCAUAGCCUUUUACCUGCAACUUUUCCUGCUCGAUGUGGCCCAGAUCCCUGCUGCCCAGGUGUCACUUGUCCUGUUUGGAGGGAAGGUGUCUGGGGCAGCUGCCGACCCUUUGGCUGGGUUCUUCAUCAACAGAAGCAGGAGGACAGGGUCUGGACGACUCAUGCCCUGGGUGCUGGGCUGCACGCCGUUCAUUGCCUUGGCCUCCUUCUUCCUGUGGUUCCUGCCCCCCUUCACCAGCCUGCGCGGCCUCUGGUACACAGCCCUCUACUCCCUGUUCCAGGCCCUGGCAACGUUCUUCCAGGUACCCUACACGGCACUGACCAUGCUCUUGACCCCCAGCCCCAGGGAGCGGGACUCGGCCACUGUGUACCGGAUGACCUUGGAGAUGGCAGGGACGCUGAUGGGAGCCACUGUCCAUGGACUCAUCGUGUCUGGUGCCCACGGGUCCCACAGGUGCAAGGAGACUGCGCUCCCAGGACAAGUGGCCGUUUCCCCCAACGCGACUCGUCUCUACUCCAUUGCAGCCACUGUGGUUGCUGUGACUUACCCUGUGUGCAGUAGUUUGCUCUGCCUGGGGGUGAAGGAGCGACCAGAUGCUUCUGCCCGAGCCUCCGGCCAGGGCCUGAGCUUCCUGGCUGGGCUGCGGCUCACAGUGCGGCACCCGCCCUACCUGAAGCUGGUCAUCUCCUUUCUGUUCAUCUCAGCAGCCGUUCAGGUGGAGCAGAGCUACCUGGUCCUGUUCUGUGCACACGCCUCCCGGCUACAUGACCAUGUGCAGAGCCUGGUGCUAACCAUCCUGGUCUCGGCAGUGCUGAGCACCCCGAUGUGGGAGUGGGUUCUGCAGCGAUUUGGGAAGAGGAUGUCGGCCUUCGGGAUCUUUGGGAUGGUGCCAUUUGCAAUCCUGCUGGCUGCUAUGCCCACAGCACCCGUGGCAUACGUCGUGGCCUUUGUAUCUGGCGUGAGCAUUGCCGUGUCCUUGCUGCUACCCUGGUCCAUGCUUCCAGAUGUGGUGGAUGAAUUCCAGCUGCAGCACCAGCACGGCCCAGGGCUGGAGACCAUCUUCUACUCAUCCUAUGUCUUCUUCACCAAGCUUUCAGGUGCAGGCGCCCUGGGCAUCUCCACUCUCAGCCUGGACUUUGCGGGGUAUGAGUCAGGAGCCUGCAAGCAGGCGGAACAGGUAGUGGUGACCCUCAAGGUCCUCAUCGGAGCCAUGCCCACCUGCAUGAUCCUCAUCGGUCUCUGCAUCCUCAUGGUCGGCCCCACUCCAAAGGUGCCCAGUCGGAACAGCUCCCGCUCCCUUGGGAGGAGGACCAGCUACAGCCUCGCUUGAAUUUGAGACUCCUGGGACCUGGAACGGCCGGAGCAGCAUCUUCUGGGCUCCAAGUCCCCCUUCUCAGCCCUUCGGCACCCCUGCUUCACAGUUUACACACGACCCACCUUUUCCCCUGGGAUAUGGCAUCUUCGGUGACUCUCCUGAAGGGAGUGGCCUGGGCUCCAGGACCCCCGCCUGUCAUGUCUUGCCUGUUGACUGCAGGACAUCUCAGAUAGGCCUGUGCCCCUGACUACCCAGCUCCAGGCAACCUGUGACCUGGAAAGCAUACCAGUAGCAACUAUUCCUGGAAAAAGGAAGCCCCUACCAGCUUGGUCUGCAGACUUCCUGUGGGAGCACCAGGCCCACCAACCUGCUUGGAUGGCAAAGCUACCUGACAGGACAGACACACAGAACUCGUUUCCCCUGAUGUUCCAGUGGAUGUCUGAGAGAGGCUGACAGCACGUGAGUGGGCAGAGUGGGGACAGAUGGACGUGCUGGGAUGUCCAAUUAGGAGAGAGACAGAUGCAGCGAGGCCAACAGACCCCAGAGGGAGCGAAUGGGGCCAGUGGUGGGGAUAGACUGAGCAAGACAUGAGGUGUUUCCUUCCCUUUGUACAGCUAAGUUGAUGACACUGUUUCUAGAAGUGGACAUUGACUGAUGUGGAGCCACCGAAGACCCAUCAUUUUUAUGAACAAAAGUUAUUUUUGCGGAAAUAUUUUUCUGAAAGUUUAUCUUUUUUUUUUUCUGGCUGUGCCUCACCACAUGCGGGAUCUUAGUUUCCCAACCAGGGAUGGAACCCAUGCCCCCUGCAGUGGAAGUGCGGAGUCUUAACCACUGGGCGGCCAGGGAAGUCCCCUGAAAGUUUAUCUUAUAAAAGCACAGGAACCACCGUUUUCUAGAGGACAUGUCUUCGGGAAGGAAAG